AUGUCACAACAAUUAGAAUUACUUUUGGAUAGUCAAGGACAAUGGACAUCUGCUUUAUACGUUAUCCCGGAAGUACAGAAAAAGGAAAUAAAACCCUUUAUUAUUUUAACUUUGAAAGAACUCGAAGGUAAUCCUGACAGUCGAACUUCCAAUUUGACGAACUCUAAAAAGUUCGCAGCCGUGAGGGCUGUUGUAAGGCAUGUGGCCAGGUCCAGGUCUGCUACUAAGGAGCCCUGGAAUGCGGAAGAUAUAAGAACAUUUCUUGAAAAUCUGAGGUAA